CCGCCAUCGAGAGUGUUGGUCGGACAGACGCUUCAACGGUCUCGCCUCAAAGGUGAUGAGACUGCAUUAGCCGUUUGGGUGUGCUUAGUGAUUUUAGGGCUCCAACUCGGGUUUUCAGCAAUAGUCACUCCCAGAACUUGGAGAAUCGAAAUGGAGCCUCAUUGGAUCGAAAAACUUUUCCCACCAAGCCUCACAACAGCAGAUGAUCUAUUCAAGAAGGACAAAGGCUGUGAAAGCUCUAAGCAUGAGAAGAAAGCGUUGAAACGAAUUCCUCUUGACAUAGAACAAAUCCGUGCUAUAUAUAAGCAGGCCAUGAUUAUCAGUGAUGAAUUGGAUAUGCCUGUCAAGUCAACUGAUGGAUCUUGUGUACAAAAUAAUUUAAAUGUUCAGAAGAUCUUGACAAAACCAGGUAUUUACACAGUGAUGGUGGACAAAGCCUCAUCAUGUGGGGAACAAGCUACUUCUAUCUGGUCUGACAUGGAAAGUGAUAUCAUUGGUGAACAGUGCUCUAAAUACAGGAUGGAAAAUAAUUCACUGAGGAAAACAUUAGCAUGCCAAGAAACGGAACUCAAUGAACUAAAGACUUCGUUUGAUGUCAAGUCUGUGCAGCUCGAAGAGACAACCGCACUGUUACAGGAAGCCGGUAAAGCAAACCACAGGCAGUAUAUUCUGAGACAACAUUUACAGGCAGAGCUGAGCUCUUCGAAUACACAGCUCUUUGAAUGCAACAAAUUUCUGAAGGAAGCCAGAAGGAAAAACCAUGAGCUACAGGCGCAACUUGACAAGCUACAGAAAGAUCAGGCACUGGAGCAUGUGCAGCGCAGACUAGCAGAGGUGAGAGUUGACGAAAUGAAGAUGCAGAUGGGGCAAAACGAGCUCCUGGUAACAGAGCGACUGCAGCAGGAAGCUUCCCAACACACGGAGGAGCAGGAAAGGAAGCUGCAGGCGAUUUCCUGUGAGCUGCACGAAGAGAGAGAAAAGUACAGACGUGCAGCCGCUGGGCUCGUGGUUUUGCAGAGACAUUUUGUGUCACAAUCAGAUGACAGACUUGGCACAGACGAAUUAGACAUCGAUGUUUUGUGACUACUUGCAUUUCGAAGUCAUUGGUCCGAUGGUCAGCACCACCUCACACAGAAAAACGUAAUAAGGUGUGACCCCGGAGGCUUAACUAUUUCUUAAUUGCUACUCCUUUGAGAAUUUGAUCAUAGUAUCCCACAUUACUUCGGAUCUGUGAAUAAAGAAUGUAGGGUUCUCCCCAGGAGUUUCAAAGACAUGUUGGGUAAUCAGGCAAUUCAUCUCCAAUUGCUAAUUGGCGUCAAUUACGCGUGUUGUAAGUUGUCCCAAUACACUGGUACAGUCAAUCAGUUUAGAGACGAAUACAUAAAGCUGUAAAAAUACAGAAUGACUAUGUUGGGAUUGUCAAAAAUAAAGACAGAUGGAAAUUGGGGCAUGUUGAAGAAUUUUCGGGAUGUCGCAAAUUUGCCUCAGUUUUGAAGGCAUGUCCAACCCAAAUUGUGUCAAGGCCUGGAAAGAACCAUGCAAUGUAAAGAGCCUUGGCCGCGUUUCAAUAAAAGUUUUUUAUUUGCUAUUUAAUAGAGCACUCCCCCUCUCUCUCUCUCUCUCCCUAGCUCCCUCCCUCCUCAUCUCCUCGCCCCCUCUCUCAUGCCCCAGUUAUGACUUUGUUAUGCAUAAGUGCUUAUAGUAAACGAGGCUUUGCAAAACGUGGCUCAGUAUCACUAAUGAUCCACACAAGUGGGCAAUACUGCAUGUAUGCUCUAAUUAGCAUCUCACUCACUGUUAGCUUAAUACAUCAUAGCCAUAGGCACAUACAAAUGGUAUAAAAGUACAAAUAUAUAGUAACGUUUUUAACA